AUGGCGCUGGUUGACCUACACCCUCCGCCCAAAGAAGUCAAUCCCGAUGACAACACGCUUCGUGAAAUCGAAAAAGGCGACGUACUUGAGAACGCACCCUUUCAGGAAGGUUACGUUGACUUCAUUCCACCCGUCCCUCAUCAUCAGAUACAUACCAAGACCAAACAUCCGCAUAAGUCGAUGCUGCACGACCUCCUCCACUACUAUCAGCAACAUUCUGAUCUGUUUUCCGAAGACGAAUGGGCCACGCCCAGUACAUCAGCAAUCUUCCUAAAGAAGAUAGUCGCCGCGCACUACCUUCAGCUUGUCGACUACAUCAAAGCAAUGCUACCUUCGCUGGAGCUUCGACUUACUACUGCUUGGGUUGAGGAACAAGGUCAAUGGAAAAGCUUGCAGACUAUCUCGCGACGGUGCGGCAACUAUCGCGACGAUCUCGAAGAUGCAUUACUCAGUCUCGACUAUUCGCUAGAUGGGCAGAUCAACAAGUCCGUCAGGUUGCAUUCGCACACGUGGAAAGACUGCGAGAAGGACUUCCAAUACGUCUACUUCCGUCUCAAGAUCCUCAAAGAACGCGCCGAUAAUCUAAUCCAGGCUAUGACCGGACUGGCAUCGAUCGCAGGUAACCGCCAGAACUUGGAAGAGGCCAAACGCGUCAAGCGACUCAACCUUCUCGCCCUGUUGUUCAUUCCCCUGGCAUAUACGAGCAGCUUGUUCAGUAUGCAAGACAACUACGCACCGAACCGAAGUGAAUUCUGGGUCUAUUGGGUCAGCGCCAUCGGGGUUGUCGCAUUCACCGCCGUCAUCACGUGGAUCCUGGACAAUGCUUUGAACGACGAAGCGCAGUGGACCUGGAAACCGAUCACCUUCCUCAAAUUCUGGGGCGUCAAUGAGCAACAACCCCAACCCGGAAAAGUGAAGAGAAAGAUGACUAAUCUCUACCGGCUAUGA